ACGGUGUCGCCUACCUCGAGCUCAGUGAGCCGAUGUGUGAGCGCCGCGACGCCCAGAGCAGCCCCGACGUUAAGCGUCGCCGACAUAGGUUCGAGAGGCCACGUUUUCUUUCUCGUCUUCGUCGUCAUCGUUGUUGUCGUUGUAGUCGUCAUUUUCGUCAUCGAUUUCUUAGUUGACUUUUUUCGAUCGGCCAUCGUGGUGGCGCACGCGGCUGCACAUCACCGAUCGGUUUGGUGCGCGACGAAAAGGGAGACAGAGAGAGACAGAGACGUGUACAGUAUAUAUCUUCCUCUAUCCCUCUCUCUUCUUCUCCUUUUAUCGGUCUCUUUCUUUCUCUCUCUGAACCUCCACCGCCCUGAGCAUUUCUGUCUUUCUCAAUCUUGAUACUCGUAUAUGUUCAUUCGCUUUCGACACCAUCGUCUCUCGCUGUCGCUGCUGUCCUUUCCAUCGGUGGUUCACGUGUCCCGUGAAUGCGUCGCAAAACGUAUCUUCUCUCUGCUCUCUACCGGCGAUCUCUCGUUGCUUGGGGAACGUAUGGCCAUAAAAAGGAAAGGGAAUGACCGUGGCCGAGGACAUGAUCAGCGAUGAACCAACAACAAGGAAAAUUAUAUAACACGUAAACGGAUACAUAAGUACUUACUACAUGCAUAUUCGAUCUGUUCUUGCAACAAACGAUUCAAUCUGCUACCUAUGGAUAUCCUUCGAUAACCAGCCUUUUGCUAGGUCGGUUCGAGACGGAAAUAUAAAACCACAUUUAAGAAUUAGAUGAUAGUUUGUACGUAGGAGUGAAAAUGCACGAUAGAGAACGCGAAGAAUCCGUUCAAUUUCUCGUUGUUCACUUUGAAUGUCGAUGCGAAUACUCACGGCAGUGAACCGGUUACUUAUCGUUUGUGAAACAUUGCCACGAAGAAAAUUCAUAUUUCUGUGUGGAUCAUACGUGUUGCCGUGUUACUACGGGACUAAAGCAUAGACGAUGAAAGUUUAUUAGAAUAAAUUCGUGCAUACAAGAUUCAUUGCUGGACGACAUCUAUAUGAAUCCUGAUGAAUGAGCCUUUGUGGAAGCUAUGAAGCAUUAGGCACACCCCACUGGCGAAGGCACACUCCUACGUUUAAGAUAUUGGAGUACUAAAAUACAUGCAGCUUGUAAACUUUUAGAAUGAACGCGACGACGACCUACACAGGUGCAACGAGCACGCUGGCUGGAAUUAUUGGCAUCGAGUCGGAAAUAAGAAUGGAUAAAGCGGAAAGCUCCUUAGACAGUGAUCUUGAUAUUUCUCCGGUCACUCUAUCCUCCGCAUGGUCCAGAGUGGCGAGACUUCUUUUGUUAGCAUCAAUGGCUGUCGGCGGCAGUGUCGGUAACGUUUUCAUGAUCUCUGCGGUGGUGGUAGAAGAUCAACUUAAGAAACGAGGAAAUGCGUUUCUAGUGAACGUUGCAUUGGCAGAUCUAUUAGUAACAGGCCUUGUAAUACCGGUAUCAGUGAUUGUGAUCCUGGCAGGACAUGAAGAGUCAUUAAGCACAUGCCGAUUUGAAUGUACUCUCGAAGCACUUUGCUUCCUCGUGACGGUGUUGACGUUGGCCACUAUAGCUGCAGAAAAUUAUACUCGUUUAUGUUUACCACCCGAAAGGUAUGCCGUAUUGACAUCAAGCCGUGUAACAGUGACCAUCAUCAGCGUCUGGCUGAUAUCUGUAAUGACGGUAGUUCUGCAAUCAUCGUUGGACGUAGGACCGGACUUCUGCCGUCGCCGAUUCAGUGGGAUAGCCAUGGAACAAAUAAUCGGGGCUACGGUUUUAGUAGGUUUGCCAACUCUAAUGACCACCUUCCUGUACGUAAAGCUGGUGAUUCGAGUCCGACACGCUACCCGGGGUUCCUAUAAGCCACCGGUCGCUUUCUCCUGGGACUACGAACUGACCAAGGCAAACAUGUACAGCUGCGUGAUGUUCGUGAUAUUCUGGCUACCGUUCGGUAUCGUUGUCUGCGUUAACUCCUUCCGACCGAUAAGCGCUCGUGUUUUUUACAAUUUGGCCUGGUUUGCUCUUUCGAAAUCCUGCUUCAACAAUUUACUCUACUGUGUGGCAGACCGGCAUUUUCGCAGCGCCUACGUCAAGCUUUUCCAUUACUGCUGCUGCAAGACUACGGUGAGUUUCUCAAGGAGAACACGAGGGGAUGGUGGCCGAAGUGCCAGCGAUGUACGCCUCAGGGUACACAUUAUCCAUUCCUAUGCUAGUCCGGGUACCUGUCGCCCUCCUGCGGGUAGACCUAACGGACGUGACGUUUAUGAGCUCUAAAUUUCAACAUCGCGCAUCAUGAUCGGAAUAUUUGGAACAACCUGUGUCCUCGUCGAUACAAUUGAUCGCCGUCCAAUAGAAAACAUUUUUCCAUUUCUGCUCCUCAUCGAGAUGCUUCCAAUUACUGCGAUGGUUUAAGUUACCCUUUGGUUGUACUGUUGAGAAUUAGUACGUCGAACGCGUGUACUUUAUUUAUGUAAUUUAUUUGUGUAGAUUGUUUUAAUGCGCUUUAAUACAAUUUGUUAAGUGGGGAGGACUGUUUUACAAACUUUGAAUUGGUACAGUAGAACCUUUGUUAAUUAAAUUUAAAAGACAAGAAGAUGAAUUCUUCUCUAUUCGGAGAAGAAAAUGUUCACGUGUACGUGUUAUACUAUAAAAGAAUAAUAACAAUAGAUUGAACAUGUAAAUAUAGUUCAAUAUAUGGCAUUUUUUACUUGAAGAUUGAUGAAUUUGGUAUAACCUGAUAUUUUUGACGAUUAAUCUAUACAUUUCUCAAGAAUAUUUUUUGUUAUACAUUUUAUGGGAUUAUAUCAACCUUAUUGCAGAUUAAAGGAUUGGAAAACGUCUACUUAAUUUCUUUGGCAACUAAUUUAUAUAAAGUUUUCAACAUUCUCGUGUGUUCCAUUAUGAUAAGAUAUUCAUAUUCAGAUUACAUCAACUGGUUAGUCUCAUAUAUAAUAUCAAUAAUUAAUUUCGUUAAUAUUAAUCACUAUCUUCAAGAGUACUUUUAAUAUUUCAAGCUUUAGUCGUUAAAAUUCAUUGAUUAAAACUCGUUUUCACCAGCAUUAUAUAUGCAUAUGCUACAAUUAAUACCAAAAUUUGGAUAUCAGAGGUUCUACUGUAUGUAUAUUUGUAACAGUGCUAUUAUCCAUCCUCUUAUAAUGUUCGAAUAUCGAUGUUUUGCAAUCUUCGUUAAAUGAUUCUCGAAUACCUCCGGUAAUUGUUCAACAAUUACUAUUACCUCAUUUACGUCAUUGUUUUAACGUGUAAUUAUGCCUAUUAUGUCUGUUUCAUAUUUAUUUAUAGCUAUAUGAAAAGUACGUAUAGAGUGUAACUGCAAUGACGCUACUAUAAAGAUAUUGAGAUGAUUUCUCUUACAAAAAUAAAUCAAAAACAUAGUUUGAACUUAUUUAUCUUUAGCUUGGUUUUCCUAAGAUUCUGAUUCGUUCAACAUGGUCGACGAAAUAGAAACAAAAACUGCAUUUGGAAAAAGGAAUAAUAUUAGGAAUUCUGGUCUCGAAUAAAUUAAUAAAUGAAUAAAAUAUCUAAAAAUGUAUCUUAUGUGAAUUACUAUCUUUCUCUAUAUACUACGUAUGUAUAUAGAUCUAUACAUCAUGCCGAUAUAAAUCUGUUACGAAUUAUAGACAAAGUACGAUGUAUAGGUACUAUUUCUAUUUUGUAAUUUCUACUAAUGUUCCUAAUAUCUAUAAAGACAGAAACAUUUUAUCAAUUCUUAAAUAAGUAUAUUUUUAUUUAAUGAUUUUUUAAAAUCAAUGUUCUCGGAAAGGAAAUACUAUAGGACAAAGUUUCAUUCUACAUGUUUUCGAUUUACUUUUUGCACAAAAAAUUAUCUCAUGAUCGAUUAUUCCAUCAUUGCAGCUACAUUUUAUAUAAUCGGAUGAUGAAAUCUACAGUUUCACAGAAACAAAUCUGUUUCUCCAUCUUUAGCAACAAAUGUUAACACCAAAGUAAUAUGGCUACUAUCACUAUCUAGGCACUAACAGAGAUCUUUAUAUAUUUUAAGUUUCUGCUUCUACAUAUCAUCCUUUGGCUAAACUUUGUCAGUAUAUUCUGUGGAUAUGUGUAAAUAAAAUUAAAACUGAUAGAGAUAAAUUUAAUUUUGCUAUUCUUCGAAGUGCAUUUUGAUACUGUUUCUUCUACUACACAAAAAUUAUCGAUAUUCUUCCUGACAGUGUGUAAACACAAUUCAAUCGUAAAUUAAUUGUUACAAAAAGUAUAUGUUAUUAGUAACUUUUUGAACAGAAUUUAAAUUUGCUUCCAUAAGGUGCUGAUAAGUAUUUCCCCUAAUAAUUAAAUUGCAAUUAAAAUUUGUAUACUAAAAAAUUCAUAUACUAUUAUAUAGCUAUCAUAAGUCUACCUAAGCGCCUGGAUAACACGAUAGUAUAUAUUCACUUAUUUAUACAUGUAGUACAUAUUUAUUUUUACACGUUAUCUGUAAUUUGUGUAUUGUUACACCCUUACGAUUUUCAUAAAUUUCAUAAACAUUCAGUUAUAACUUAUCGUUGGAGCUCCAAACGACCUAAUUAUAUCUAGAACAUUUGUUUCUUAUUUGUAUUCAUAGAAUAUAUUGACAAAUUUUGUUUGAAAGAAUCUGGAACAUUUUGUGUAAAUAUUGUCCAAUCGUUGACAGAAAUCGGGCUAAAGGGCAGUAAAAGAGCGCCAUGUCUGAUACCGGCAUCGAAAGAAUAUAAAUAAAAGAUUACUACUGACAUUGAAACAGGCAAUCGGGCCGUCCAUUGGAAAUUUUUUCCCGUUGUCACUCUGAUACUAAGGGAAUGUUUCCAUCUUUCGUCUAUAUUCUUCCAGUUGUGUUCUUCCAAGGACUGUCUGUUUUGACGAAACGUUCAUCGUGAUUGCUUCUUAAACGAUAAUUAUCGUGACCCGUCACAACCUCCUUCGUAUACAUUUAUAUCAAUUCAUUCGUGAAAGAGAAUCUGUAUAUUAAUAUAAAAACAGAAAGUUUUUAAUUUUUUACAUGGAUUUACAACAUAAAAUAUCUAUUUUUUUUACGUGAUGCAUUUUAUAUUCUGUUAGCGUAACUUCUUUCCAUUCUUGGACCCCUUUGCAUAAUGAUCUACUGAUUAACGAUAUUAGUGAAUUGAUAAGCGACAAGAUUUACGUUACGCACUUGUUUCUCCUAAUUUUACAAUUUUAUUAAUUAUGAAAUAUGAAUCAAAUAUAUACUUUCUUACAUAGAAUAAUCGAAUGAUUUACCAUUCGUAGAAUUGACUUGUAAAAUUUAUAGGCUAGAUUUCUUUUUUAUAAUUUUACAAUUUCACUAAUUCUCGCAUAUAAA